GAAAGAGAAACAUCCAGCGCCUGGAAGAUUCGAACCGAACGUUCACAUACGCAGAGAACACUGCAACGGCCAAUCAGCGGUCUCGGGAAGCGUGGAAUUGAACGUUGAGACAUCUUCGGCUUCCCCCUUGCCCACCCCGAUUCUCUCCACAUGCUCCUCCCCUGGAUGCUGUUGUUUGUGGUGUUUUAGCUGCCGACGAACUACGAGAGGGGUGGGAGGGGGAUAUCAACAUACCCUUGUUCGUGCCGUUUGAAGCAAGAGGGGAGGCCAAGGGGCGAUUUGUCGGCUGGAACCCAGCAAGGGCUGACCGCUUAAAGCUUCAGAUAAACAGAAGCGACUUGGUGUUUUGGGGAGGAAGAGGAGAAGGAUCCUUUGUGGAUUUUUCCUCCCCGAGACACUAACACAUACCUCCGCCACAGUGUUUGGCUCUCCGCCUCCCUUCCUUGUUGUGGUUUCGUUUCUCUCGCCAUGUCGGUGAAUAUGGAGGAGCUCCGGCAUCAGGUCAUGAUCAACCAGUUCGUGCUGGCUGCGGGCUGUGCGGCGGAUCAAGCAAAGCAGCUGCUGCAGGCGGCCCAUUGGCAGUUCGAGACUGCUUUGAGUGCUUUUUUUCAAGAAACCAACAUUCCCAACACCCACCAUCACCAUCAAAUGAUGUGCACACCCAGCAAUACUCCAGCCACGCCUCCCAACUUCCCAGACGCUCUUGCUAUGUUUUCCAAGCUGCGGACUUCAGAGAAUCUUCAGAGCAGCAACAGUCCUAUCACUUCCAUGGCCUGUUCUCCUCCUGGUAGCUUCAGUCCCUUCUGGGCUUCUUCGCCUCCCAACCACCAACCUGCCUGGAUCCCUCCUUCAUCACCCACCAGUCACAAUCUCCACCAUCACCUCCACCAUCAGCAGCCCAUGUGGCCUCCUGUGUCUCAGCAAGGCCCCCCCCAGCAGAAAGCCAUGACGGCCAUGGAUGGCCAGAGAUAAGACUUAAUGUUUUUGGAAUGGGGGAAGAAGUUGUUUGGGGGGGGGAGGGUGUGGCAAAUCCAGGGGGCAGGAGGAAAUGGGGUGGGGGGUAUUUUUCCUGAAGAUCGCACUGGAAUAUUUUAUAGUAUUUUUUUUUAAUUGAUGAGACGUCAUCAGCCAUCCCCGUGAUCCUUCUCCCCCCCCUUUUCCUCCCUAUCCACUCUUCAGGAGAGUUAAUAACUGGUCUUUUCUCUUUUUUAAAAGAAAAAAAAUUAUAUAACUAUAAUAUAUAAAUAUAUAAAUAUAUCUAAUGUAUAUACAUCACAGAUGAAAGCAACGGAAUUGCAAAGAUCCAGGUGGCAUUCUGAGAAAACUGCUUGGAAAGAGGGGUGGCUGCAUUGGAUCCAGGGGGUAAGGGUGUCUCCCUGUGUGUGUGUGUGUAUGUCAAGGAAGGGCUCAGAAGCUGACUCUCCCCCACCCCGGCCCAUUUUUGUUGCCCUCCUCUUGCUUUUCAUUUGGUUCCCAGUUGUGGGGAGGUACCUGUAGCAGCUGAGCUGGUUGAGGGGCCUUGGGGAAAAGCUCUCUUGCUGAAGGAAGUCACAGGCCUCAAACUGUCCAUGUGCACAUUAAUGGCCCGGAGCAAUGUAGGGGGACGUGCCUGCUGAAGCACAGCUACUUCACAGAAGCUGCUAGGCUGGGGUGUGACCUGCUGAAGGAAUUGAGCUUCCACCUCAUGCCCCAUGUUGUGACUGAGGGGUUGGGGAAUGGUUUUUUUCCUGCUGUGGGGUCAUUCCACAGAGUUCUCCUGUCGGCUGAAAAGAAAUAAUGGAAUAGUACAAAAUGUCUAUUAAACAUGUUGGGGCUAUCAUCUUUGAGCACCAUGUUGAGCGCUGCCAACAAUUUAGUACAUACAAGGAAAUACAUGUGUCACCCUGCCAGUUUGGAGAGGUGCCAAUACAUGUGCAUUCUGGUAAAAUCAUAGCCAGCUUUUGUGUAUCCAUGGGCUGACAAAUUAUUGGGUGUGCAAGGGGUUUUCUUUGUGUGUGGGGAAGUGUUUUCAUCUUGGUUUAAACCAUUUCCCUGUUACCCGAACUUUGGCCUAUUGAAACUUUUUUGCUGACUGCAGCAGGUGUGUCCCAAAUAGUGGAAAUAAGCAAUGUUUUUUGUACCUUACCACAGACUUUUCUUGUUCCCCUCCCCCCCACGCCCUCUUGUUUUUUUGGGAAUGGUUUCGUCCUUCAACUCUCAAGCUGUUUCCCUUUUAAAAGGACAAUGUUUAAGCAUAUGGGAGGCUAAGCUGGAAGGGAAGUUGCUGAGGUUUUAAAGGUAUAAAAAUAUACACAUCAGCCUCCCCAGAAGAUGGAUCAUUCAGAGGAAGACUCCAGACUCUCUUGCAUCCAGCAGCAAGGGACAUAUUGAGGCUCUUUUUUUAUUUUUUUUUGUUUUUUAGGUUUUAAAAUCAGAAUCUUGCUUAAACAGGUUGAAGGUUUUAUAUUAAUUUAAAAAUAAAAAAAUCACUUUUUUAA